AUGGCAGAGAGAAGCAGGAUUCUGUUCAUAGGAGGCACAGGAUACAUUGGAAAAUUCAUUGUAGAAGCAAGUGUCAAGGCAGGCCACCCAACUUUUGUUCUCGUCAGAGAGUCCACUCUCUCUAGCCCUGCUAAAUCCACUGUCAUUAACAACUUCAAGAAUCUUGGUGUCAAUCUCCUCCUGGGAGACUUGUCUGAUCAUGAGAGUUUGGUGGAGGCAAUUAAGCAAGUGGAUGUUGUGAUAUCUACCAUUGCUCACGAUCAGUUAUAUAAUCAAGACAAGAUCAUCGCCGCCAUUAAAGAAGCUGGAAAUAUUAAGAGAUUUUUCCCAUCAGAGUUUGGAAAUGAUGUGGAUAGAGCGCAUGCUGUUGAACCUGCAAAGACAGGAUUCGCUACAAAGGCUAAAAUUCGACGAGCUAUUGAGGCUGAAGGAAUUCCAUACACUUAUGUGGCAUCAAACUCUUUUUCUGGUUUCUUUCUUCCAGCUUUGAACCACUCUAGGUCUGGGGCUCCUGCCUCAGCUAGAGAUAAAGUUAUCAUUUUGGGUGAUGGAGAUACCAAAGUGGUUUUCAACAAGGAAGAUGAUAUUGCCACAUAUACUAUCAAAGCGGUGGAUGAUCCAAGAGCAGUGAACAAAACCCUCUUCAUUAAACCUCCAUCCAACAUCAUCUCAUCCAAUGAUCUUGUUUCUUUGUGGGAGAAGAAGAUAGGGAAAAAAAUUGAACGGAUCUAUGUUCACGAGGAGCAACUUCUGAAGAAUAUUCAAGAAGCUUCAGGUCCACGCAAAGUGAUUUUAUCGAUUUGUCACUCUUUGUUUGUGAAGGGAGAUCAGACCAACUUCGAGAUUGAGCCAUCGUUUGGUGUAGAGGCUUCUGAGCUAUAUCCUGAUGUCAAAUACACUACUGUAGCUGAAUACCUUAACCAGCUUUUUUGAGUCUCUGCGUUAAAUAAUUAAGCAGCUUUACCUCAAUAAACAAUAAUCUUGUACAUACGAUAUAUAUAAUUAAUUGGGCCUCGUAGUG